AUGGGUAGACGACCGGGAUUCGAUUUGUGGAAAAAAGCAGAGAUUUUUCUUUUCUCCACCACGCCCAUAUCAAUUUCGGGUCUGCAUGGAGCUGAGGUACAGGGAAUAUCAAAUUUAAACGUGGUUUCCUCCCCGUAAUCAAUCUUGGAGAAGUUAGCCAAUAUUUGCAUGCUCCCUCAGUUGACGACAAGAUGGCGGUGAUGAAGACUUGCUGGUCUCCAUGUAUUUGGAACAGUAAUGUAAAAACUGGUAGCAGAGCAGUUGCAUUUUACACUGCGUCAUUCAGCAUAGUCCUGAUUACGUUCAUUUCGUACAUGAUGGCAGGAGGUGAAUCCACUCAGUUGUACAGUCCACUGUUUGAGACGGAUGUCCGUGGAUCGAUGCAGACCUGGGGUGGCAUAUUCAUCUUCUACCUCCUUUUGUUCAUUGCACUUUCAAUACUUUUGGUGUCUGGCAUAUCAAAAGGUAAUCGAGGUAUGAUGAUUCCAUGGCUCGUGUGUAUGGGCAUAUGCAUCUUGUUCCAGCUUAUAUUUGGACUGUGGCUGCUUGGCGGAUACUAUAUAUAUCUUCAGUCAGUGCUAGCUGCGUUGGUAGACUGGAUAUGGAUGGCGUACAAUAUCUAUUGCUGGUUGUGUGUGUACUCCCAGUAUCAGUUACUUGAAGAAAUGCAGUAUCCAAAUAUUGAACUUUUGUACCCAUAAGAUGGAUUCAGUGGAUCUAAUCAUCACAGAUGUCCAGGCACCGGUGCUCCAGGCUACAGAUAGCUGCCGUGUGUGAUGACUCGUGACCGAACAAAUCGAAAAUAUCCAUUCUUGAAUGUAGUAAUUGUGAUGCAGCAUCAGUAUGUUGAAGCGGUGAAUCUCUGUUUCUCCAUUUCAUCCAUCUGCACCAAAUCAAACUGCACUUUAUUAUAGUGCUUUUGGUUAAAGAUUCUAAUAAUAUAACGUUACUUUUAACAUUUUCACUGCCACCCUUUAAAAUGCCACUUUAGCACGUUGAGAUUUGUUUAUUUUUCAUGUUCUCGGAAAUGUUUUAAAACCCAUUUUCUAUGACAAACUAUAAGAACAAAUUUGGAACCCAAUGUCACGUGGGGGGAGCCUCGGUAGUUCGGUCAGUAUAAUGACCAGGCUUUGGGCUGGACAACUGGUAUUUGAUUCAUAACAGACAUUUUAUCUUUCAUCACAAUGUCGAGACCAACCGUAGGACCCACCCAGCCUCCUCCAAUCCGCUGGGUUCUAGCGGCUUUAUGGCCCAGGGUAGCUCAAUCAGUAUAAUGUCUGACUCUGGUUAGGACGAGAGGCUUUGAUCCCUGGCAGGGGCAUAGGAUUUUUAUUCUGGCCUCACAUCCAUGCUGCCUUUAGCGGCCACCCAACCUCCUAUAUCCAAUGGAUAAGGGGGUCCAUUCUCCGGCGAUGAAGUGCGAUGGGGGUGUCGUCACUCGUGCCCAUCUAGUGCUCGUCUUUCUCCAAACACCUCCAUGGCAUGUGGUAGGACAGUUUUACAUUACUCUGUUGGGGGUUCUUACCCUGGCACAUGAAGCUGACAGACUAUUCACAUCCAUCUAGUGCUGGAGUUAAGAAUAUGUGGAGCAAGACCUCUUCAGUCUCAUGUCAUCAUGACAUGAUGCUUAAGUAAGCACGCAGACAAUUUUACCUUCAUUUUGCAUAGAAAAUGUUUUGGUGUGAGCGUUUAAAACAGGAAAAGUUACGUAAGAAGUUGUGGAAUGUUGACUCUGUGUGACAAACUGUGGGCGGUGCAGCUGUGUCUAGGUAAAGGCAAAUAUGUGCAAUUGAUUUAGACCAGUGGUAUUCAACCUUUUUUGUUCGCGUACCCCCAGAUAUAA